AUGCGAUGGUUGGCACCACUUGACAGGCGGGAAAUCACUCUCAUUCUUUUUUCUUUAUGCACCUAUUUCCUGGCCUUUAACUUUGAAACUUCUUUACGACUUCUGGGAAUUGAUCCUCUGGCAAGCCAGGGAGCCUUCUUUCGAAAAAUUGGUCUUGGUAAGACCAAACUCAUAGGAAACGACGGACGGAAACCUCAAGGAUGGAGAGAUGCUCUCGAAACCGAAAUUUUUGGUGACUGGCGUUGGGACGAGAAUCAUAUUGCUGGUGACGGCGAGGAGAGGAGCCAAUCAAGCGGUAAUGGGCGGCACGGAGCGACGUGGAUUGGAAGUCAGGCUGCGGGUGAUUUGCUGGGUGAAGUAUUUGGAAAUAUAACAGUCGACCAAGCACUUCAGGUAUGGGGGGAGGACAUACCGCAGACAAAGGUUGUGAAACAUGUGCCCGGCUACACUAUUCUGGAUAAUGUCAUGAUCUUUAACGGCUCUGUUUAUCUUGUCACAGAGGAUGAAAAGUCUUUCCCCCCAAUGGCGUCUAUGGUCGCCACUGUUGGCAAUGGAUUCGCGGAGUGGAAGUUCCUGUCGAAACCGCAGGCGCUGGCGCAUGUAGGAGAUUACGGCUCAAUCAUUCGAGGCGUCUCGUGGAUGCAAGCGGACUCUGACCCACAUAAUUCUACUCUUUUCGCUUUGUGGCGGCUCUACAGCACACUGGACACUUCAAUUGAUUACAAUGGCCUUACGCAUCUCCCACCUCCACAACGCAUGCUUUUCCCACACAAUCGUUUCUUCACCGAUGCCAAUCCCGACUUUAGCAAACAUUGGCUACGUCGCGUGCGCGUCGACACUGGGUUUCAUCCUUACCUCGCUAAGGCCGCUUUCCCCCACCUCACAAUGCUGUACUAUGAAGACUGGGAAGAUUAUCACAAAAUGGUAGUACCAUUCUUUUUCGAGCGCCUCGUGGUGGCCGACCGUCAAGCGGCGGGACUCUCAGUGAACUCAGAACAGCCCACAUUCUCGCCACCCUUCGAUCUUGAGGCCUCAAAGAAUUGGUGGGAACCUGUGCGGAGGACUUUGGCUCUGUAUUUCGACGCAUACGACGAGAAGGCCAAAGAUAAGAAAGUCAUCACCUACCUCCACAGACAAUCCGAGUCAACUGGUCCAAAGUUGGUUUCCGAGGAUCACGAUGCCCUUGUGCGUGCGCUGCAAAAGUUGGGUCGUUCACGUGGAUAUGUCGUACAUCUCGUUUCCACCUCAACCAUUGAGACGGAUUGGAGCGUAAAAAUGGGCGCUGUGGUCCGGUCGUCGGUUAUCCUUGGGGUUCAUGGAAACCACUUGUUUGACUGCGUAUUCAUGAAGCCGUCACCACAAGCUACAUUAAUGGAGUUCUUCCCUGCUGAUACAUUUGCUCAUGAUCGAGAGCUUACUGCUCACUCCCUAGGCUUCCACUACGUUGCUUGGCAGGGCAAUCAAGAAUUCACAUCCGAAAACCUCCCGAAGCCAUCACCUCCAAGUGAUGGCCCAGUGCAUGUCGACGCGGAUGCUGUUAUUCAGGCCGUUCAAAAGGCCCUAUCUCAUGCAUGA